ACAACAACAACAACAACAAAACCAAUAAAAGAACAAUGUCUGGUUUGUUGCAGAAAAGAAGAUUAUAAUGAAGCCUUUAACUUCUCUUCAAAACCAGGCUUCUUAAACGCAUGUGGCAAAACCACAAAAGGUGACAUGAUGCAGAGGAUAUGCACGGCUGCAGAAGUGAGGAUAUACUUCAAUGGAUUAUUAGGAGGUGCAAAGAGAGCUACGAACUACUUGAAACCGAACAAGAACUGCAAUCUGUCUUCUUGGAUGUCUGGAUGUGAACCUGGAUGGGCUUGUCGUACUGCUAAAGACGUGAAAGUUGAUCUCAAAGACGAUAAAAACGUUCCGGUAAGAACUCAGCAAUGCGCGCCUUGCUGCGCAGGUUUCUUCUGCCCUCGUGGGAUUACUUGCUGUCCAUGCAUCUUUUCCAUUUUUAGCCAAGGAUCAGUCAAGAAAGUUGAAGAAUACUUCUCCAGCCUUGGGAUAAUUGUCCCUGAGCGUGUGAAUCCUCCUGAUUACUACAUUGAUAUACUGGAAGGAAUACUAAAGCCAAGCACAAGCUCGGGGGUUACUUAUAAGCAGCUUCCGGUUAGGUGGAUGCUUCAUAAUGGGUAUCCAGUUCCUUCAGACAUGCUCAAAAGCAUUGAAGGUAUGGCUUCUGCUGAGAACUCUGCUCAUGGUGGGAGUGCUCACGGGAGCGUUGUGGGAGAUGAUGGAACAUCUUUUGCUGGAGAGUUCUGGCAAGAUGUCAAGGCAAAUGUUGAAAUCAAGAAAGAUACCUUGCAGAACAACUUCAGUAGUUCUGGUGACUUGUCUGAAAGACAAGUUCCUGGUGUGUAUCAGCAGUACAGAUACUUCUUAGGAGGGUUAGGUAAACAGAGACUGCGAGAAGCUAGGACACUGGCUGUAGAUUACCUAAUACUUUUGCUUGCUGGUAUCUGCUUAGGAACACUUGCUAAAGUGAGCGAUGAAACGUUUGGUGCCAUGGGAUAUACAUACACAGUCAUUGCUGUUUAUUACUGCAUUGAGAUCUUUCUCUCUUGA